AAUCCUUAUCAAUUCAAGCAACAUAGUUAUUGUAAAUCAAGAUUUGGUUUCAUCUUCUCUCUUUAUAUAUUGAAACACACAUCUGUUGUUUCAUAUUCUUGUUGGUUGCAGAGUUCUGUGUUAGAGGAGACUAGGAGAGACCAUUAGCAUACAUGACUGAAGAGAGGAAAAGAAUGGGGAGAGGGAAGAUUGAGAUAAGGAGGAUAGAAAACUUGAAUAGCAGGCAAGUCACCUUCUCCAAACGCAGGAAUGGGUUGCUGAAGAAAGCUAGAGAAUUAUCAGUUUUGUGUGAUGCUGAGGUUGCCGUCAUAGUCUUCUCUAGCACAGGAAAGCUUUAUGAAUUUUCAAGCACAAGCAUGGAACACACACUUUCAAGAUAUGGCAGUGGCCUGGAUUUGGAUUAUAAUGAUCAUCCUUCUGAUGACCAUGGGGCAGAGCAUUCAAAUAGUGCAGAGGUUAAUGCAGUGAAAGAUGAACUCUCAAAGUUACGGUUGACAUGCUUGCAGAUGAUGGGUCAACAACUCGAUGGAUUGAGUUUCAAGGAGCUGCAACACCUAGAACAUCAAUUAAGUGCAGGCAUUCUGUCUGUUAAGGACAAGAAGGAACAAAUGCUGAUGGAUCAGCUUAAGAAAUCCAAAAUGCAGGAGCAAAAGGCCAUUCUAGAGAACGAAUCUCUGCGUAAACAGAUUGAGGAACUCAAACGAGGAUCCCGGCCAAAGUCUGCUUUCCUGGAAUUAAGUCCUUUGGACAGGAGAUUUGCCGUAGCAAGUUCCAAACCUGAUAGUAAUCGCAAGCCACAGGAAGAAGAAGAUCUUUCCGCCACUUCACUGCACUUGGGGUUGUCAUCUGAUGUUUGUCACAGGAGGAAAGCUGCCAAGAUUGAAUCUGUCUCCAAUGAUUCAGGAAGUCAGGUGGCUUCAGGGUGAUGAAGCAUGACAUAGAUCCUCUUAUAAUAGGAGGGUUUGUACUAGUUUAGUUGAUGAAUGUUUUGAGUAAAUUUUCAGUCACAGAUAGAUGUUUUUGGUAUAUCAGUUUUACCUAGAUUUCUAGAGAUAACACUCAAUGGCUGGUACAGUUUAUAAAUUGAUAUAUGAAUAAUGCUAAUCUUUUCCGAAUUCACUGAUGAAUUUUCAACG